AUGAAGCUACCACUCGAGCUCACUGCUGUCACUAUUCUCUCCGUUUUGCCUCCCAUGGUGCUACCAAACUCUGCAUUACCAAUCAUAUUCACAACCCCCAGGUCUUCACAAUGCACUGAACCUGGGCCACCAAGAAUAUCUACCGUCUUUCUGGACCAUGGGAUUGCUGCCAGAGAGUACGGAUCCUUGCCCAGGUCAAUCUCCCUAAGAACCUAUGGGUCCGCUAGCUAUGAGCACACUCACCUCAAUUCUCACCACAAUAAGUCCCAACUCAUGGAAACCUUGUGUGGAACACCCUCCGUGUUAACUCAUGGGAACCUCGUGGGGAACACCCACUCCAUGUCAACUCACGGGAACCUCAUGGGCAACACCUUUGCCGUGUCGACUUACGAGAACUUUGUAGGGCGCAUGGCAUCACUGAGCGACCGCAGCCUGGAGGAGACUAUUCUUAUCAAGGGGGACACUCUUGUCACAGUGACCGUGAAAGCACAACUCAGCAACUCACAUAGGCUCCUCACCGUGAGAGUGAGAGAGGCUCUCAAUGACUGCUUACGUGCACCUCCCUCGGAAAUUCAUCAAGAAUACAUGCAUUCAGGAAGUUGCGAGGACUAUGCUGGCAUUGGCACACGUGUCUCCCCAUGUUUACUGGAAGGGUUAUUCCAGGCCUUGAGUGUUCUUGAUGCGGUAAUGUCUUACACCGAGGUUUAA